GUCUCACAGUACUUUUCAACACUGGAGCGAUUGAGAUUCGCCCAGAACUCACGAUGCAAUGCCCUCAAUGAACUGCCAAUCCAAAAGCACAGGAAGAGCUCGAUAGCAGACCGUCGAGGCAUCAACGUUGCACCUUUCGAACCUCGACGCUCCUCCUCACGAAGAUCUCGGAAACUCGCCCGCAAACAGUCGGUGUCGAGCACUGAAGCAUCUUGGUUUCUGACCCUGCCAGAGAAGAUCAAGAAGAAGCAGUUUACGAGGGAGGAGCAGGUCGUCUUGGCAGCCCGUUUGCGAGAGAGUGUUAUCCUGGAUGCCGCCGAUGAAGCAAUUUACAAAGCGAGUCGUCGUGCAAGCCGGAAUCUAGGUCCCCUACUCGACCUGUCGACGUCGUCCACACCAAGAAGUAGUAUGGACAGCACAAUGGAUAAUGCGGCGGAGCCGGCUUCAACCAUGGCCGCAGAGAUGUACGAGAGCUUUCGGUGGAUGGAUGAAGAAGAGGAUCUGGACCUGAAGUUAGUCUUGGAUGACUAUCAUGCGAACCUGGACGGCGUCGUUAUUCCUACACCCUCGAGCGUCAGAAGACCCUCAUUCAGACGACAAAUGUCAAUCACCAAGAUGCCGUUUGGGAGGAAUUCGCUAUCUUCGUUGGGCCCACGCUCUCCAAAAUUCGAACCGCCAAACCUGCACAGUCGGAACAAAUCCCGCACGUUAUCUCUGAUAGCUCCAAAACACGUUACAAAAGCAUCAGUGGCGUCGAUUGACCCCAACGCCGCACAUUACCAGGAUCCAGAAGCGAGACUGAAGUUACGUGUAUAUCUCGCUUCUCCACAAAAGUUCGAUGAAGCUAUCGAAUUUGGGUUCCCGUCGAUGGACGGGAUUACGGACGGUGCAGACAAGGAAAAUAGACCCCCAAAGCGUUCGUCCAAGGAUAAUAGUAGGACCAAGAAAUCAUAUUCGGCGUCAGAGAAGGGUCAAUCAUUCUUGGCCGAUGACACUGCUUCUUUAUUUGAGGAUGAUGCUUCAAUGGCCGACCCUGAAUCACCUCUAACACCCUUGGGCGAAUUUGGCUUCCGCUCCUCGAAUACAGCACCAGGCACGACGACCUUGGAGAGCAGCAAGUCUUCUAAUGACUAUGCACACCUUGGCAUUAAUAAGCCAGCAGUAGUAAAGGAAUCAUAUACGCAAGCGAUGGCGGGAAAUAGGGAGAUGACAUUGAGGAUGACUUUGACGAGACCUGAUUUACGAGCGGAUGAGAAUGCCAUAUAUGGCUGGCAAGCGACGAAAAGCCCCCUACGAGAGGAACCCGUGCCACUUUUGGACGAGAAGCACGAGGCCAAAGGACCAUUCGGAGGGGCGGAUGGCUGGGGUCCUGCAGAGAAGGAGAACGGGGUUGUCAAGAGGUUUUGGAAUAAAAUGAAAAGUUCACAGAAGAAGUCCUUGUAA